ACCACACAAUCCACUCAUUCCUAAAAGCUCCAUUUUGAGCUGUCCUUUGUUGGGUCUUUGGCCUUCUGAAAAAAAACUAAGCAGAGAUCAGAACAAGAAAAUCUUUUGCUUUUUGGGAAUUUUACACAUUUGGGGUCUGCUUAAUUCUGGACUUCUGGUCCUGCUUUUGGAGUUUGUGACUUUGCAGUAGUAGAUUAUGGGAGACAAUAUAAAAGUGACUGUUGUAAAAGGAAGACGUUUGGUGAUACGGGACUUCAAGACAAGCGACCCUUAUGUCAUUCUCAAGCUGGGUAAUCAGACUGCCAAAACCAAAGUCAUAAAUUGCUGCCUUAAUCCUGUUUGGAAUGAAGAAUUCUGCUUCUCUAUCUCCGAUCCGUCCGAGGUUCUCAGAUUGGAAGUGUUUGAUAAAGACCGUUUCAAAGCAGAUGACGAGAUGGGAAAUGCUCAUCUCAGUCUUCAGCCUUUGGUUGCAGCUGCUAGAUUGAGAAAGAUUCUUGGGGUUGCUUUCGAGGGGACAACAUUAAGGAAGGUUAUUCCGGAUAAAGACAAUUGCCUAGCAGUCGAUAGCAGCAUUAGUUGGGUGAAUGGUGAAGUUGUGCAAGAUGUUUGGUUAAGUCUUUGUGAUGUGGAGUCUGGGGACAUAGAGUUGAAGAUCAAAUUGAGCGAUCUUCCCUGUGUUGUUAAUUCCCAUGAAUAUUGUAAAAGUAACAUGACUUCAUGUUAAGUCCUACCCUAAGUAACUUAUGAAAUAUGAAUGUCUCCAACUAUCCUCGUUAAUCAUUACUUUAAUCCCUAAGGUCAAUGUAAUAGGAUUAAUAUCUAACAAAGUUAUUCUAUGCUUAGUAUUUUAUGGAAUCACAAUUUUUAUUUGAA